GUUGACACUCUUGGACUUGUCGCAUAAUAAGAUUCAUGAAAUUCAAGAUGGAGCUUUUGAGGGAGCACAGGAGCUACUGACGCUUUUCUUACAUGAUAAUGCUCUGAACUUUUCAAAUUCUUACGCAAAGAUAUUCAAACCCCUUAGAAAACUAGAAAAUCUAACUCUUCAUUACAACAACUUGUCCGAUUAUGCUGAGGAAGUAUUGAGCGAUCUUAGUUCUCUGCAACAGUUAAAGAUGGAUGGACUCCAAAACAGAUCCUUUGGCCCUGGAUAUUGGAAUCUCUCACAGCUCCAUACGCUGAUGUUAUCUGGUAGAUGCAACAUUCAAUGGUUAAUCAAGGACACUUUCAGGAAUGUAAUCCAUUUACGAAAACUCAAUGUUUCUUCUUGCAACGUAACCACAAUAGAGGCGGAUGCACUGACACCCUUGAAGAACCUAACAAUGCUGGACAUAUCUAAGAAUCGCGCAUUGAAACUAGGAGGUCUUGAAAAUAUAACGUAUGGCUUAAAGGACACAACCAUUCGAAAACUUUUUGUCAAUGAGAUAAUGAAUAUCCGAACGAUCUGCAAUAUUAUUCAAGCAAAGCACAUAAGGAACCUGCAGAAUACAUCAAUUUUGGAAAUACAUGCAAAUGGUAACGGUCUUUCCGGAUUUAGUGAGAAAACGUUUGAGGUGCUGCCGCCAUCACUAAAACGUGCUUACCUUCUGUUUAAUCGAUUUUCAUCUGGCCCUUACAUAUAUGACCUCCAACACCUCCUUGGCCUUGAAGUGUUGAUUUUGAAUGGUAAACCUGAUUCCUCUCGCAUAAUUCCCUAUGGGACAUUUUUGCCGCGUCGGGCAAUACACAUGAAUUAUAAGCUUCGUGUACCCAACAUGAAUAAUAUACAGGUAAAAUGUGCUAAUACUUCAGACGGUAUUGAUAAUCACGAGGAUGAGUUUCUCCAAACCUUGUCCUCAGGACUGCAUCGUUUUAGAACCAGUCAUAAACAUCCCUUUCCUGUCCCGCCCCAUUUAAGAAAGUUCGAGUACACAUAUUCUGAACUGUCAGCCUUCCUUUUCUUUAUGACCUUAGUCGUUAUUCUUUCAGCUAUAGCAUAUCGAUAUCGAUGGAAGCUUUCUUACUGGUAUUUUGCUACCAGAUUACGGUUCAAAGUAGAUAAAACCAAUGAACCUGAAUAUGAUUACGACGCAUUUGUGUCCUUUGCUGAGGAGGACAGAACUUUUGUUUUUGAGGAAUUAAUUCCAUCCUUGGAGACAGAGAAAGGAUUGCAUUUGAAUAUUCAUAGUCGGGAUUUCCUACCAGGGAGACCUAUUGCCGAGAGUAUUAUUGACGUUAUACAAAGAAGUCGGAAGACAGUGUUGGUACUGACCCCAGAGUUCUUGAAGAGCACGUGGUGCAGAUAUGAGCUGCAGAUGGCCAACAUGGAAAGUGUCACAACUGAUAGAGACAUCCUGUUGAUCCUGGUAAUAAAACAUAUCCCCAAAUGUGAUAUUCCACCUGAAAUCUUCUACCAUUUACACAAUAACACGUAUCUAGAAUACCCGGAUGAUGGACAGACUGACUUAUUUUGGACGACUUUGUCACAUUCGAUCAAAACGACUUAAAGUGUAUUAAGUUCACAAUGUAUGAUAAUCGCU